CAUCAAUCACCAUACAACCAAUAAAAACAUACAUGACGUCGAUCUGACGAGAGAAUUCCCGUUUCUGCGACUUCCGGCAGCUGCUAUUUAAUGACACUCGAUACUAUCCGCGCACGAACCACUUAGUAGCCCUCGUAUACCACAAAACGCGACCUCAGCUCCCUUCACCCAGCGCACUUCGCGCAGCAGCCCCAACCACCACCACUUAACAAAUCCCCCGCACAUCCCUCACCAUGGCGCGCAACUCUGAAAAAGCGCACUCUAUGCUCUUCCGCUUCCGCGCCGCGCAAGCCGCCGAAGCAGGCAUAAUCGACAUCUCGCGCACGAGACGGCCGAAACUCAUAACCUCCGUCACAUCCAUCCCCGUUUGCGAAAAAUGGCGUGGUCAAGUGCUCAAAGAGAUCAGCCGCAAAGUGACGAAGAUCCAGGACGAGGCGCUGUCAGAUUAUCAGAUCAGGGAUCUGAAUGACGAGAUUAAUAAGGCGAUGCGCGAGAAGUACAUGUGGGAGAAGCAGAUUCGCGAUCUGGGUGGGCCGAAUUAUAUGAGGGGGGGUAGGGUGCUGGAUGAGGAGGGGAGAGAGGUGCCGGGCGGCGGGAAGGGGUAUAGGUAUUUUGGGAGGGCGAGGGAAUUGCCGGGGGUCAAAGAGUUGUUUGAGAGGCAGGAGAGACCUGAAGACGACGAUGGUGCACGCAAAGGUGGGGAGAAGAGGUCGGAACUUAGGCAACGUGUGGACGCUGGGUAUUACGGCUACAACCUUGAUGAGGAGGAUGGUACACUGCUCAAGUAUGAAGCGGCGAAAGAGAAGGAGGCGUGGGAUCACUUCAUGACGCUGGGCGACGACUUAAACGAGAAGCCGAGUAAGGUGCAGAGGGAGUGGAUCGAGCUGCCAGGCGAUGCAGGGGAUGGUGUACGAUGGCGUGUGCCGACGCUCGAGGAGGUCAACGAUGAGCUGGUCGAGCGGAGGAGGAGGAAGUUGCUCGAAAAGCUAGGAUAGGUGGCUCGAAAUGAUCUGCAGCCGGGGUACACCACCAAGGCCCCAGGAAACUCAGCACAAGCAUGGCGAAGGACUCGUGAUCAUCACAUGGAGUAUGGCGAAAUUGAGCAUCGUAUGAGAAGGAAAGCAAAAGGGAAACUAAAACUGAUACCCUCGUCGAGCAGUCGACGGUCAGAGACUGGCAAGAGCCAGCACCGGACAUCAUCAAGUAAAACAUCAUAUGGAACCGCUUGGUUACACCUGUCGCCCGUGUCCUCUUAAACACUACGUUUGUAUCCAAACUCAACGUUUUCAUCUUCAUUCUCCAUCGUACCUUGAUAUGUAUUGUCCUAGGUCUGC